AUUAAAUGAAUGAAAAGAUAGAUAGAAAGCAACUUGGGGGGUUUUGCCAUUAUCUAUUCAUAACUAUUCACUGUCCUUAUUCCUGCUCCAAUUUCUCUCUCUAAUCAGUAAGAUCCACUUUGCUUAAAACUGAAUCUCAAAAACUACUACAUACUCUCAAGCUUAUUAGCUAUAGCAGCCACUGAUUGUUGCAACCUUCUACUAUGGACGCCAAUGUAUCCACUAAACUUGAAUCAGAAGAAACUUCUGAGGAGCUCAAAUCAUCAGAAACUCAGGCAUCCAAGAAAAGGAAAAUGGUUGAGAAAACUGUUGUGAGGGUGAGGAUAGGAGAGGGAAACAAUAUCAGCAGACUGAAGAAUGAAGGGCUACCUUCAGAUUUUUGGUCUUGGAGGAAAUAUGGACAAAAGCCAAUCAAAGGGUCUCCAUAUCCAAGGGGUUAUUACAGAUGCAGCACAUCAAAGGGUUGUUCAGCGAAGAAGCAAGUAGAGAGAUGCAGAACAGAUGCUUCAAUGAUCAUCAUCACAUACACCUCUACACAUAAUCACCCUUCUCCUGAUGCAAUAAUCUCCACCCAGAAUUUAUCACAAAAACCAAAAGAACAAGAAGGUGGAGAAACCACAGAAGAAGAACUCUCAAAGGUGGAAGAACAAGAACAAGAACAUGAACAUGAACAUGAGCAUGAACAGGUUGAAGAAGAGCACAGCACGGAUCAUGAGAAGCCAAGUACUACUACUGUGUCUAUGGCCACGGCUGAUGAGAAGAGUUUCCAUUACUUGCAGUCUCCAAUAAGCAGCCAUGAAGAUAUUGUUGUUGUAGACCAAGAAGAUCCAUUCAAGCUAAGCAGUGAGAAAAGCCAUGAAAGAAUAGAUCUUUUGUUAGAAGAGGAAGAGCCACUAUGCUAUGCACAGAUCAAGAACUUGACAACGAAAAAAUCAGAUGAACUUGAUUUCUUCGAUGAGCUUGAGGAGUUGCCCAUGUCUUCACCUUUCUUGCACUUCACGAGGAGCAUUUUAUCCGAUGAAAGGAUUCCCGUUUUUCC